AUGCUUCGAACCGAAGAACUCCAGAUGGGCUUUUUCAUCAGUCUCCAUAACUGGCCAGUAUGGUCUACGUUAUGGCACUUGAUUUCUUGUCCCUUCCAAAGGCUGCUACGUCUCUUUUUCCCACUUAUCAAGAGACUGCCAGAUGUCGAAGAGUCGGCAGAGGUUUCCCAGGAAGUUGUGUCGCCAUCUAGUGUUCCAGAACGCGAACUGCUUAUGGUUGGCAUGAGCGCCAAAACUUACCGUAUCCGAAACACCGUCAGAAAAGAAUGUCACGUUCUCCCUGACGAUGUCGGCAUUACGGAGCAGAAUAUGGAAGCAUGUCGUAAUGAAGCUGACGUCUACCUUAUUUUGGGAAAGCAUCCACUUAUUGCCACAUGCUUGUCUAUUGGUCCCCAUAGGGAAUACAUCGAUCUCGAAUACUAUGAAAACGGCAAUCUUAAGCAAUAUAUCAACAGCAAUCGUGCAAGCAUUAUAGAGGCAGACCUGAAGCGUUGGGCCUAUCAAAUGAUUGAAAGCAUUGCAUAUAUCCACUCAAAGGGCGUUAGGCAUUCUGAUAUCAGACUUGAUCAGUGGCUGGUAGAUGCAGGUUUAAAUGCUCGCCUUAGCGACUUCAAUGCAUCAGGAUUUGACCCCCAGCCAGACCUUGGAUUAGAAGCGAGACCAGCACUAGGAGUUGAGAGUCCAAGUCAUUAUCUCCCUCGAGAUCCUGAGGCAGACAAUACUGUGGAAUCAGAUCUAUUUGCACUGGGUUCAUCACUCUAUGAACUUGUGGCUGGUCAAAGUCCCUACGAAGACCUAAGUGAUGAAUCCAUCGAGUCAUUAUUUAGAAAAGAGAUCUUCCCAAGCACCGAGGAGCUCCUGCUUGGAGAGAUUAUUAGGAACUGCUGGAAAAGGAGAUAUCGCUCUGCCAAAGACAUCCUUGAUUUAGAAGCAUGGUCACCCACAACUCAUCUGUCAGAUGGACAUUAG